AUGAAAAUACUGAUCACUAUUUGUCUUAUUGCUCUUGUUAAAAGCUCUUCUAAUACCCGAUGUGAUAAAGCAGAAUACGUCGACUUGAUUUCUCAAAACGCAUUUUCUGUGACAGAUAAAACAACCCACAUAAAGCCAUCUAAAUAUGACUAUAGCGGCACUGAAAUCAGUGGCGCAGGAAGGUGGUACAAAAUUAGAACAAAUGGUGUUGGUGACAUCUUAGAGAUAGACACGUGUCUCUCUGGCCACACAAAUUUUGACACCAAAAUUGUGGUGAUGUCAAAGUGCGAGAAUGGAGUGGGUCUCGGGCUGUUGACAAUUAAUGAUGAUAGUUACAACCAGUGUGGGAGCUCCGCACGGUUAUUAUUCAAUGACAUGAAACGAGACGAGUUCUAUGUGAUGGUGACUGGGAGUGCGCCAUCAGACGUUGGAGUUUUUGGGUUGCAAAUCACGCGAUACCCUCCAUUAGUCAACCAAAAGUGUGAGAAUGCGAUACAAGUCGCUGCGUUUCCAUCAUACAGAGAAGGUACUACAACUGCAAUCGCACCAAAUUACAACGACCUUUCUGGCCUCUUUUAUUACUUUCAAGGAAAUGGAAAGAAACUCAAAAUCACAACGUGCCACCGUGGGACUAAUGUGGACACGCUAAUUACUGUAUUUGAGAGUUGUAACAACCAUGACCGAAUUGCUUCCAAAGAUGGCUAUUGUACCGACGGGAAUAUGGGGAGUCAAACAACUCUCGAUACAGAGAACAAUAGAAUUUACUACGUCCAUGUAGCUAGUUCACCCCGAAAAAGAGGGACUUUUAUCGUCGCAUUUGAAGGGGACGACGAAGUGAAUGUCCACUGUAAAAUGGCGACCGCGAUGAGGCAAUUUCCAUACGUUCACACAUCAACAGUGAACCCAAGCAUCAUGACCAAAAAUUGCCAAAGUGAAGAUCAAGGGGGGAAUUGGUAUUCUAUUCUUGGGGAUAACAAUUAUUACUCAUUUCACACAUGCAGUAGCUCUGCUAUUGGAGAAACAACACUUCAUUUGUUCAACGAGUGUGGAGACGAUAUGAGGGAGUGCUCCACUGAGACUGAAAAGUGUCUUGAGAAUGGGAAGAUCCAAAAAUAUCUUGAAAAGGACAAGACUUACUACUUGAAAGUACUUUGUCGGAAGAGCAGCGAGAGAUGUGUCGUGACAUUGACUGUGGAGAGAAUUGGCAAUAUUAUGAUGCGCAAUUCAACGUGCCAAAAUCCACAUAUAUUCACUUUUAAAUCGGAAAAUGACGUGUUUUAUGAUACCUUUGAUAUGGAAAAGACAGAUGUUACUGAACCUAUUUGUGGAAUGUUUAGAAAGCGACAUGGGAGUUGGUACGGCGUUCGAAAUUUAUUAAAUACGCCAUUUCCAAUCUUUGUCCAGACUGUCGCACUCAAACAGAAUAGGAAGAAUUAUAACGUUAAUAUCGAAUUUUUCAGAAACUGUUUUGAAAAGUGUGAGGAGCAACAACUGAAUGAGUUCCAUGUCACAGUGAACCCGAACGAUUUCAUUCUAAUUUUUGUCUCUGGAAACACUGGCGGAGAUGUUGGCGUGUUCAUCAGAAAAGAACUCCGCACACAACAUGAUGCGUGUAAAUUGGCGACAGAGAUGAAUGCGCCAUUCAGUUUGGUUGAAUACAAAUCGAAUCAUGGGAGAAAGACAACAAAUGUGUGUCAUCUGAACAACAAAGGAAAUGAUAACAAAACAAGUACUGGCGUGUACUACUAUUUCCAAAGUCCAGUCACCGACGUUUUUGUUGUGGAGACGUGUGGAAUUGAAACACACUUCGACACCUAUUUAGAAGUUUUUCAGGGAUGUUCCGAGGGUGUCUGUGUGAUGGGGAACGACGACUCUCCGGAGUGCGGAAGUGUAGCGAGUUACGUCAAAUUUGAUGCUCAAGAAGGUGCAGAGUAUUACAUAUACAUCUCAGAGUCUGAGAAGGCGAUUGAUACCGAAGGAACGUUUAGACUGAACGUUUAUACACUAACACCUCCGAUUCAUUCAAAGUGUGACAAAGCAGAGUUGUUGACACCUGGUCUAAGGCAACAUGCAUUGACUAAAUACGCGUUUUCAACGAUAAGUGGAUGUGGGAUGAAGACACUUGACACGAUCAAAGACAAGAGUUUGUUAGAAGAGAUGAAGAAGAAAUACUCUGAAAAGCUUCUUGGUGUGUGGUAUCAAUACACGGCGCCAGUCAACGGCAAAAUUCAUAUCAACACGUGUAAUGCAGCUACGUCGGUCAAAAGUCGUAUAGAAGUGUAUAAAUCCUGUUCCGUGUAUGAAGUCUCAAUAGGGGACAAAUGUAUAAACGAGUCUUCAGUUGUAACGAACCCAUGCUCUUCAAGAGGGACACAUGUAUCUGCUGAUAUGUUGAAAAGUGAAACGUUGCUUUUCUUUGUUGGAGGCGAGACGAGUAGAGACGUUGGGUUUGUUGCAGUGGACUCUUAUUUUGAGACGAUUAGCCCUGAAUAUACACAGGUGAAAUAUGAACCGACUGUUGGUCUGAAACGAAGAAAGGAAAAGAGGACGCCAUGGAUGUUAUGGAUUUUCUGGUUUUGUGUAUACGCCGGUCUUUGUGCAGUUAUUUUUUUCGCUUUGAAACUUUUUAAUAAACGGGAUCAUACACACGAUGGAUACCAUGAAUUAUAA